GACUACAAUGUACCUAUAUCUGGAGUUUAUUUCAUACAAUUAGAACACGGGCUAUGUACUGAUAAACUGACAGUUAACAGUAUCAAAUUACUACAAGAGUGAAAAUGGCGUCAAGUGAUAAAAGUUGUUUAUAUUUCAUAAAAACCAAUCUCUUGGUGAUUUUAACACUGAUUGGAGUUAUCAUUGGAUUCGCUAUUGGAAUUUCUGUCCGUGAACUUCACCCUUCUGCAGAUGCUCUUAUGUGGAUCGGUAUCCUUGGUGAGCUGUACCUUAAUGUGAUUAAAAUGAUGAUUGUGCCACUGGUAGCAUCUUCCAUAAUAUCAGGGACAGCAUCACUAGACCCAAGGUUUAACGGGAAAAUAAGUUUGGUGGGAAUAUCGUUUAUUUUGAUAACAAACUUUUUUGGAACAGUACUUGGAACCGUGCUAUGUGUAGUUAUAAAUCCAGGUGGCAGAUCAUCACAAUUGAGACCAGUUUCUGCAGCAAAAUCAAACAUACAAACACAGGAUGUAUUUGCCGAUUUAUUAAGAAAUAUUUUACCAGGAAAUUUGGUCGCUGCUACUUUUCAAGUUACAAUGACGAAAUACGAAAUCGGAGAGCGUAUUGUCAACACAACAAUGAAUGGGACUCACUCGCAGGAUGUUAUCUCUUUUAUAAAGAACAAAAAUCUCGGUACUUCAAAUAGUGUCAAUAUGCUGGGAAUACUGGUCAUAAGUUCAUUUUUCGGGAUGGCAACAGCAGCUACCGGUAAAAUUGGACGUCCAUUUUUCAAGUUUUUCUAUGCAGCGACUGAAAUAGUACUUGUUAUUCUAGAAAAGAUAUUAUGGUUUACGCCAAUUGGGGUUGCCAGUUUAAUCAUGAGGGAAGUCGCGGGAGCAGACGAUUUACAAGGAAACUUUAUGAGACUUGGUAUAUUUAUUGGAACCUUUAUGUUGGGACAGGUUAUAGCUUUGUUUAUCGUUCUUCCAAUUAUAUAUGUUGUCAUCGUCAGAAGGAAUCCUCUCAAGUUUUUUACGUCUCUUGCAGAGCCAAUGUUGAUAGUCUUGGCCACAACUUUAACAUCUAUAGCGAUGCCUGAAUCUUUGAGGAAAUUAGAAGGACCAUAUAAUAAAAUAGAUAAACGUAUAACCCGCUUCAUUGUUCCUUUAAAUGCAGCUAUAGGACGAACUGGAAGCUGCAUAUUUCUAUCAGCAUCUUGUGUGUUCAUCUCACAACUAGAAAAUCAAGACCAGAAUCCGGGAUCAAUAGUACUCAUAAUUUUGUUAGUUACGCUGAUGUCAUUUGCUGUGCCAUCCAUACCAAGUGGAUCCCUCGUCACUAUCAUUAUUUUACUGUCGGCUAUAGGGAUUCCACCUGAGGCAGCAUCUCUUUUAUUUGCAUUUGAUUGGUUUUCAGACCGAAUGAGAUCGGUAACUAACAUAUAUUACCAAUGCCUGACAUCAGCUGUGACUUACAAGGUGUGUAAAUCAUCAUUACGAUCAAUCAAUGACAAUGGAAAGGUUGGUCUGCAGGACGAUGUUGAAGGCGAGAUAAUUAUUCCAAUGAUGGACGAAAAUAACAAGGGAAUAGAAACAAGAGCAGAAUUUAUAUCUGUUUAGUACAGGGUUGGUUUAUUCCUUAAGUGAUUGGUUAAUUCAAAAUCGGUGGAGAAUAUAUGUAUAAUUCUUAUAUAAACUAUCAUUUUUUAAUAAAUAUUUUAAACAUUA